AAAAAAGGGUUUAAUUUAAUUUUAGGCAAGAGGUCCAAAAAAACAUUUGAAGCGUCUACACGCACCAAAAGCAUGGAUGUUGGAUAAAUUGGGUGGUGUUUUCGCGCCACGACCAUCAACUGGUCCACAUAAAUUAAGAGAAUCAUUACCAUUGAUGAUCUUCUUGAGAAAUCGUUUAAAGUAUGCUUUAACCGGUGCGGAAGUUACAAAAAUAGUAAUGCAGCGAUUGAUUAGAGUUGAUGGAAAAGUUCGUACAGACCCAACUUACCCUGCCGGUUUUAUGGAUGUAAUUGCAAUUGCAAAAACUGGUGAAAAUUUCCGUUUAAUUUAUGACGUUAAGGGUCGUUUCACCACCCAUUUGAUUUCAAAUGAAGAAGCUAAAUACAAAUUGUGCAAAGUACGUAAAGUACAACUUGGACAAAAAGGAAUUCCGUUUAUUAUUACACACGACGGGCGCACAAUUCGUUAUCCUGAUCCAUUAAUUAAGGCCAACGACACGAUCCAAUUGGACUUAGUUAGCAACAAAAUAGUUGACUUCAUUAAAUUUGAUUCAGGAAAUCUUUGCAUGAUCACUGGCGGUAGAAAUUUAGGUCGUGUUGGUACUGUUGUCAACCGUGAAAGACAUCCAGGUUCAUUUGAUAUUGUUCACAUUAAGGACACUCAAGGUCAUGUAUUUGCAACAAGAUUAUCAAAUGUAUUUAUUAUUGGUAAGGGUAAUAAACCUUACAUCUCAUUACCUAGAGGAAAAGGUAUAAAAUUGAGUAUUGCUGAAGAACGUGACAAACGAGUUAUGUUAAAACAUUCUGCUAAUCAAAGAUAUUAAGCGAAUAAACAAAACAAGGAAAAUUUAAUAGAA